UGCCGCAUAGACGGGAAGCAAAAUAAAAAAUAAGACAAUUACUUUGUUUUGAUAUUUUGAUAUAUGUCAAAUAGUCUGGCGCGAAUGUUUAAAAAUAGUUAAAUGUUUCGCAAAUUUUACAACGUUGUUGUUGUUGUUGUUGUUGUUGUUGUUGUUGUUGUUGAAAGUAAACCUUGUAUAAAAAUGUCUUUGGAUCAAGUUGUCAACGCAGAUGCUGUCGAAGCACUAAGUCAGGAAGAAGAUGAUGAAGAAGAGGAAGUAUUCUUCCAAGAUAUAGAAAUGCUGCAAAAUCAUGGUAUUAAUGCAGCGGACAUCAAAAAGUUAAAAUCAGUAGGGAUAUGUACAAUAAAGGGCGUUCAAAUGACAACAAAAAGAAAACUGUUGCAAAUAAAAGGAAUAUCUGAAGCAAAAGUUGACAAAAUCAAAGAAGCUAUACAAAAGAUUGUAAGUUCUGGGUUUUACACAGCGUUAGAGUACAGUGAAGUUAGAAAGCAAUGUUUCAGAAUAACAACUGGUAGUCAAGAAUUAGACAAACUUCUUGGAGGUGGCAUAGAAAGUAUGUCAAUCACUGAAGCAUUUGGAGAAUUUAGAACAGGGAAAACACAGUUGUCUCAUACGCUUUGUGUAACUGCUCAAUUACCAGGCGAAAAUGGUUAUCCUGGUGGUAAAGUCAUGUUUAUUGACACUGAAAACACAUUUCGUCCAAAUAGAUUACGUUCCAUAGCAGAUCGUUAUAACUUAGACCAUGAUGCCAUGCUGGGUAAUGUUGUAUUUUGUCGAGCAUACACAAGUGAACAACAAUUCGAAGUGUUGGAGCAGGUAUCUGCGAAAUUUCACGAAGAAGCUGGAGUGUUUAAAUUGUUGAUCAUUGAUUCUAUAAUGGCAUUGUUUCGUGUGGACUUCUGUGGUCGAGGCGAGCUUGCCGAUCGACAACAGAAACUUGCGCAAAUGUUAUCAAAGCUUCAGAAAAUUUCCGAAGAAUAUAACGUGGCAGUCUUUAUUACCAACCAGAUGACGUCAGAUCCUGGAGCAACGAUGUCAUUCCAAGCUGACCCAAAGAAACCAAUCGGUGGCCACAUACUGGCGCAUGCGUCAACUACAAGAAUAUCUUUGAGAAAGGGCAGAGGUGAAUUACGUAUCGCAAAGAUAUACGACAGUCCGGAUCUUCCUGAGAAUGAAGCAACGUAUGCUAUCACUGAAGAAGGAAUUGCGGACGCUAAAGAAUAAUUGAAGCUCUAGUAACAUCUGCCAAUCAGUUUAGAAGCACAUGCCUUUUCUAUCUAAUUAUAGCCUCGUGCAUCCGUUCACGCUGAUGAAUAGUGUUACGUGUUAUGGGCUUUGAAGUUUUUAAAAAUUAAUGAAUUUGUUUUUUGUAAUUUAUAUCAAAUUAUGAUUAUUGUUCGUUUUUAAAUCAAUUAAAUUUUAUCUUUGUUAAAAGUAAAGUGUCCAAUAUAUCGGGCUAGCCUAAACGACAAAAUAAAAGUACAGUUAACAGCAUUUACACCAUCUUCGAAAAUUGUUAGUACACUACCUAAUAAAAAAGUUAUUUCUCAAUUUGGAAUAUCCACGUAUAUCCAGCCAAUUAACAAAACCUAGAAUUCGAUUUAAAUCUAAUGUAUUUGUGAAUGUUGUUAAUAAUUUCUGGUGUGUUUAAUUCUUGCGUGUAUCAAUUUUAUGAAAUUAGUUUACAGUUUGAAAAUGUUUUUUUACCAAUGUGAUCAUUCUUUACGACUUUGUAAAAACUGUCGAAAGUUACUACUCUUUGAGACUUGUUGCUUUGAUUUUAGAGGGUGUAUCUAUUAUCACUUUAUCUAUUAUCAAUUUCCUGGCUUAUGAAAGGAUUAAAAAUUAUAUAAGUAGAAAUAAUUUAUUCUUAAGUUCUUUAAAAUUGUUAUCCUAAUGGGUCCGAUAAUGAUAUUGUAGAGAUGCGCUGCGACACCGUUUUUAAAGUAAAAAGCCAAGGCCUGAAGCCUUAUAUAUGGACUAUUUUGGUCUUUUUUUAUAGUAGGGCCUGACAUAGUAUAUAUCAAAUGUUAACUACCCGAAGAAUCUGACCGUCCCAUCCCAUAACCCUUCACAAACUUGAGACAAUAUCCUUAAUAAAAACAUUGCGCGGUUAAUAACGUUUUUACUCGACCCCUCCUCGUGAUUAUUCAAUAUCGGAUCCACAAAAAACAAAAAUAAAAAUGUGAAAAGUAAACAAUGUUUCUUUAAUCUUUGAUAUUGCUUCACUUCCCUUAAUUAAAGCUAACCAGUUCAAGUUUAAGAUAUUUAUUUUAGAAAUUUUGAUAAUUAUUAUUUUAAAGAUAAGCUUAAGUUGAGUAUAACAGAGUGAAGAAUCUACUAGAGAAACUACAUAGAAAACGAUGGCAAAAUAUAUUUCUCUCGUAUUUGCAUUCACAACAAUUCUCUCGACAACUGCAGAAAAUCCAACCUUAAUUGAACAAUAUCUUGCAAAUAAUGAUGAAAGUUUAAGUAAAAUUACCAAUAUGGAUAACCAAGAAGGCGUUGUAAGUUUUGAUGAAAUGGCAACCAAACACGGUUUUUGCACGUAUGAUUAUCCUGCUAAAUGCAAUGGAAUGUAUUCCUACGGCUGCAAGGUAAUUUAUGCUGGAGAACCACAGAAAGCUUGUUGGAGACAAUGCAAAAUGAACCAGCUGACUUAUUGCUACAUACGCACAUCUAUUGGUGGAAAAAAACAUUGCCAAACUGCAAGAGACUGCGAAGACUUUGAUCUAACAAAACCAGCAGAAGAGAUUUGUGAAGUACGUGGUUUUAUGUGGGGUCCGAAUACACCAAUUUGUAAAAGUAAAAUAGUUGAACACAGAGCAUAAAAGCCUACAAAGGAAAUUAUAAUUUCUUAUCUUAAUCUUUUCUUUAAGGAAACUACUAUUUGCUUAAAUUAGUAUAUUUAAAUUGUAUCUAUUUAUAAAGAGAAGUUAUUUUCGUGAUGAGAUAUUUUUUUCACAAGA